AUGCCUGAUGCAAUGCUCUUGAAAGAGGAAAAGAAACGAAAGAACAAGCAAGAAGAAGAAAAGAAAGAAAGGAAAGGGAAAGCAGAAAAAAAGGAACGAAGAAGACAGCAAUUCCCCGAGAGCCCCAUCCCUGACCCAUCGUGA